AUGUCGCCGCAGAACAGGACGCCCACGAGCGGGACGCGGACGUCGGGGAGCGGGGGGAGGAGUGGGAUCGACGACCCGACACGGGAGAUCUACUCGCUGUCGCCGGUGCGGUUUGACUCGCAGCGGCUGCUGCUUUCGCCAAGGAAGCAGCCUCGGGCGAUCUCGAAGGUCCCAUUCAAGGUGCUGGAUGCACCGGAGCUGCACGACGACUUUUAUUUAAAUUUGGUUGACUGGGGAUGUAACAAUAUACUGGGCGUAGGGCUCGGGACAUGUGUGUAUCUGUGGAGUGCACAUUCGGGGAAGGUGACGAAGCUGUGUGAUUUGGGGCCGAAUGACUCGGUGACGAGUGUCUGUUGGAUCCAAAGAGGAUCUCAUGUUGCACUUGGGACGAACAAAGGGUUAGUACAUAUAUGGGACGCAGAGCAGUGCAAGCGCACGCGGACGAUGCUGGGGCAUGCGUUGAGAGUGGGUUCUCUUGCUUGGAACGAGCAUAUUCUUACGUCUGGUGGAAGAGACCACCAGAUUUUCCACCGAGACGUCAGGGUUCCGGAGCACCAUAUCAAGCAGCUGGGAGCGCACAAGCAGGAGGUAUGCGGGCUAAAGUGGAAUUGUGAAGACGGGCUUCUUGCGUCGGGUGGGAAUGAUAAUAAAUUGAUUGUAUGGGAUCGUUUGAACGAGACACCAUUGUACAAAUUUUCAGAGCACACUGCAGCAGUCAAGGCUAUUGCAUGGAAUCCGCACCAGCAUGGGAUUCUUGCUAGUGGGGGAGGCACAGCAGAUAGGACGAUAAAAUUUUGGAAUACCCUUAACGGACACCAAAUUUCGGAAAUAGAUACGGGAUCGCAGGUAUGCAACCUUGCAUGGUCCAAAAAUUCAAAUGAGAUUGUUUCGACGCAUGGAUAUUCGGAAAAUCAAGUUAUAGUUUGGAAAUACCCUUCUAUGACACAAGUUGCCGCUUUGACUGGCCAUACUUAUCGGGUUUUGUAUUUAGCCAUGUCGCCCGAUGGUCAGACUAUAGUGACAGGUGCAGGUGAUGAAACCCUGAGAUUUUGGAAUGUUUUUUCAAAAAGUAAAAGUGAUUCCGACCGAGAUUCGUUAUUAGAUCCUUUCACGAAAAUAAGAUAG